CGGUGCACGCAGGUCCUCCGGCCAAUCGCUUUGGAGCGCGCGGGUUCCCUGGAGUAGAGCCAGGGCUGCAGGGGUGUCGGAGCGCUGGAGUUGUUGCGGCUGAACCAUGGUGGGCCACCUGAGCGAGGGGGCCAUUGCGGCCAUAAUGCAACAGGGAGAUACAUGCAUAAAACCCAUUCUCCAAGUCAUUAACAUCCGUCCCAUUGCUACAGGGAAUAAUCCACCCCGUUAUCGACUUCUUAUGAGUGAUGGAUUGAAUACUCUGUCUUCUUUCAUGUUGGCAACACAGUUGAACCGUCUCGUUGAGGAAGAACGAUUGUCUAGCAACUGUAUUUGCCAGAUUAACCGAUUUAUUGUGAACACUCUGAAAGAUGGAAGGAGAGUGGUUAUUUUGAUGGAGUUAGAAGUUUUGAAAUCAGCUGAAGAAGUUGGAUUAAAGAUUGGCAAUCCAGUGCCCUAUAAUGAAGGACAUGGACAGCAGCCAGCAGUUCCUCCUCCAGUCUCAGCAGCCAGCCCACCAGCCAGCAGGCCCCAGCAACAGAAUGGGAGCUCGGGAGUGGGUUCUACUGUAUCUAAGACUUUUGGUGCCUCAAAGACAUUUGGAAAACCUGGAGGUACCAGCCUAGGGAACAGCUCCGGGGGAACACAGGCCAAAGUGGUACCCAUUGCCAGCCUCACCCCUUACCAGUCCAAGUGGACUAUUUGUGCUCGUGUUACCAACAAAAGUCAGAUCCGUACCUGGAGCAAUUCCCGAGGGGAAGGGAAACUUUUCUCUAUAGAACUAGUUGAUGAGAGUGGCGAAAUCAGAGCGACUGCUUUCAACGAGCAAGUGGACAAGUUCUUUCCUCUUAUUGACGUGAACAAGGUCUAUUACUUCUCUAAAGGCACCCUGAAGAUUGCCAACAAACAGUUCACAGCCGUCAAAAACGACUAUGAGAUGACCUUCAAUAAUGAGACUUCUGUCAUGCCCUGUGAAGAUGGUCAUCAUUUACCCACAGUCCAGUUUGAUUUCACAGGGGUUGGUGACCUAGAGAACAAGCCUAAAGACUCACUUGUAGACAUAAUCGGAAUCUGCAAGAGCUAUGAAGAUGUCACUAAAAUCACAGUGAAGUCUAACAACAGAGAAGUCUCUAAGAGGAAUAUCUAUUUGAUGGACAUGUCAGGGAAAGUGGUGAAUGCUACUCUGUGGGGAGAAGAUGCUGAUAGAUUUGAUGGUUCUAGACAACCCGUGAUGGCGAUCAAAGGAGCCAGAGUUUCUGAUUUUGGUGGACGGAGCCUCUCUGUACUGUCUUCGAGUACCGUCAUUGUGAACCCUGACAUCCCAGAGGCCUACAAGCUUCGUGGAUGGUUUGACUCGGAAGGACAAGCCUUAGCUGGCGUUUCCAUCUCUGAUCUAAAGAGUGGAGGAAUAGGAGGGAGCAACACCAACUGGAAAACUUUAUAUGAGGUUAAAUCAGAGAACUUGGGCCAAGGUGACAAGCCCGACUAUUUUAGCUCUGUGGCGACAGUGGUGUAUCUUCGCAAAGAGAACUGUAUGUACCAGGCCUGCCCGACUCAGGACUGCAAUAAGAAAGUGAUUGAUCAACAGAAUGGAUUGUACCGCUGCGAGAAGUGUGACAGUGAAUUUCCCAAUUUCAAGUACCGCAUGAUCCUGUCAGUAAAUAUUGCUGACUUUCAAGAGAAUCAGUGGGUCACAUGUUUCCAGGAGUCUGCAGAGGCCAUCCUUGGACAAAGCACUGCUUAUCUUGGGGAGUUAAAAGAGAAGAACGAGCAAGCGUUUGAGGAAGUUUUCCAGAAUGCCAACUUCAGAUCUUUUACAUUCAGGAUCAGGGUCAAAUUGGAGACCUACAAUGAUGAGUCUCGAAUUAAGGCCACUGUGAUGGACGUGAAGCCCGUGGACUACAGAGAAUAUGGCAGAAGGUUGAUCAUGAGCAUCAGGAGAAACGCUGCGGCGAUGUGAGCCAAGCCUGCUAACGGGGCAGGAGUCUGUAGACAGAGGGCUAAAGCGAACUGACCCCCAACCCCGACCCCCGCCCCGCCGCGCCUGACGACUCUGCGUUAGCUGCACGGUGUGGAGUGCCUCUCUGUGGGGGACUAAGCCAUUGCCUCUUGUGCGCAUCUGGGAACCCACUGGCAGCAAAGGGAAAUCUGCUCGGAGGGCUGUGGUGUAAACCGUGUCAGACCUCAGGGUCAGCUGGCGGGGAGUGUAGUACCAGUCACUCCUUCUGUCUUUAGGCUUUUGUCAGUUUUAUUAAGAUUUCAUUAUCUUCAACCAGGAAUUAUGUCCCAAGCAAUUGGCCCUAAAUCUGCAGGCAGUGAAAUAAAUUAUGUAAGUAGGGUUUCCACUUCUCCAGUGGUGACACCUCCACGGCUCGGGUCCCUUCUCGGGAGGGAGAGCCGAGAAGUGAUUGUGCAGAGGAACCUGGGUGUUUUAGUAGGCGUGUCUUCCUAGAUUCAAAGGCGCUCUUUCUAGAGGUGCCACAUAGUUAUUAGUGCUCGGAAUGGCAAUAGGGUAGAGUUAUUAAUCAGUCAUAUCUUUUCUAUCUGAAAAUAUCCUUCCUUCAGGGUCUAAUAGACUGAGUCAGAUGGGUCUGAUAUUAAUCAAAAUUGUCUCUUCUGAGGAAGGCUGAUAAGCCUUGGCUUGCCGUCCCCUAGGGACAUCCAGGCAGCUACAGAGCAUUGCUUUAGUUUUCCCUUCAGUUAAUGUUGCAUUUUGGUUGGUAUGCCUUUUCUACCUGUACAUAUUUCUUGUAUUUGUAUGUUUCUUUUCUUGAUUAAAGCUAUGUUAAAUAGAAGGGAUUUUGAAAGGAGAAGCCCUUUGUUUCCAUUGCUUUGUUUAAUAAACAGUAUAGUCUCUG